UCUGUCGUGGCAGCAUGAAACUUAAUUGGCUCAAAGAAAAAGGCUAAAUAGCCCAGAAUAGAUGGAUAUAUAGAUCGUAUACAAAAUAAGCCACACUUCCACCAGCAAGCUAGUUGCUCUAGCAAAGGAAUAAGGAAGAAGAUCCAUCUCAGGUUUUCAGGUGUAGCUCCAGCCAGCAAACCAUGCAACCCAUGGAGGGGAUUCUGGUUGCUUUGGCAUCCUACGGCGCCACCAUGCUCGCCGAGAUGGCCAAAGAUAAGGUGGCCAUGCUGACCAGGGUCUCCGGCGAGAUCGACGACCUUGAAGUCAAGCUCAGGGACCUCAAGAAGUUCCUUGCCGAUGCUAAUAGGAGGAACAUCACCGACGAGAGCAUGCGGGCGUGGGUGGAGGAACUGAAGCGUGCCGUGCACGACGACGUCACUGACAUCCUCGACCGGUGUCGGCUCAAGGUCACGGAGUAGGAUCCAUCCAAGGGCAUGCUCUUUUGCACGAGGAAUCCCCUCCACGCAUCAUCAAAUUUAUAGAAAGUGAAGCACUCUUUGUUAGGCGGUGUAAUAAUGUGGGGACUUGGUAAUGUGGAUCCUACUCGUACAGUGCACAAGCGUAACUAACUUGGAAAUGCGAACUCGAAACAAAAAACUCCUCCCUCCAUUUAUGUAAGGAAUAAAAACCGUGAUGCAGAAAUGUACAUACGGUUCAGCAUU